AUGAGCGACGCUGAGGUGGUGUGUAGACAGGCUGGCUGUGGCAGAGCUCUGGAUGCUCUCAGCAGUGCCCACUUUGGACAGGGCAGUGGGCCCAUCUGGUUGGGUGAUGUGAGCUGUUUUGGAAACGAAUCCUCCCUGACUCAGUGCCAGCACCCUGGAUUUGGGUCUUACAACUGUAGUCACCAUGAAGAUGCUGGUGUGACUUGCUCAGCCAGUGCCCUGACCCCGAUCAGACUGGUAGAUGGAGAUAAUGAGUGCUCUGGCAGAGUGGAGAUCUACCAUGUUGGCCAGUGGGGAACGGUGUGUGAUUACUCCUGGAACCUGAACGACGCUGAGGUGUUGUCCAGUGCCCAGAGCCCGAUCAGACUGGUAGAUGGAGAUAAUGAGUGCUCUGGCAGAGUGGAGAUCUACCAUGUUGGCCAGUGGGGAACGGUGUGUGAUUACUCCUGGAAUGUGAACAACGCUGAGGUGGUGUGUAGACAGGCUGGCUGUGGCAGAGCUCUGGCUGCUUUCAGAAGUGCCCACUUUGGACAGGGCAGUGGGCCCGUCUGGUUGGGUGAUGUGAGGUGUUCUGGAAACGAAUCCUCCCUGACACAGUGCCAGCACCCUGGAUUUGGGUCUAACUUCUGUUCUCACGAUAGUGAUGUUGGUGUGAUUUGUUCAGCGAUCAGAUUGGUGAAUGGAAGUGAUCGAUGCUCUGGCAGAGUGGAGAUCAACCAUGUUGGCCAGUGGGGAACGGUGUGUGACAGCUCCUGGAACAUGAGCGACGCUGAGGUGGUGUGUAGACAGGCUGGCUGUGGCAGAGCUCUGGCUGCUCUCAGCAGUGCCCACUUUGGACAGGGCAGUGGGCUCAUCUGGUUGGAUGAUGUGAGGUGUUCUGGAAACGAAUCCUCCCUGACUCAGUGCCAGCACCCUGGAUUUGGGUCUUACAACUGUAGUCACCAUGAAGAUGCUGGUGUGAAUUGCUCAGCCAGUGCCCAGACCCCGAUCAGACUGGUAGAUGGAGAUAAUGAGUGCACAGGCAGAGUGGAGAUCUACCAUGCUGGCCAGUGGGGAACGGUGUGUAGUUUCUUCUGGGACAUGAACGAAGCUGAGGUGGUGUGUAGACAGGCUGGCUGUGGCAGAGCUCUGGCUGCUCUCAGCAGUGCCCACUUUGGACAGGGCAGUGGGCCCAUCUGGUAG